CUCCAACCGACCACUAUCCCUUCCUCCGACAGACCCUCCUGCCCGCGACUGUUCACGAAAUCGACCACGUUCCUUCGUUUACAGCAGGUCUGCAACUGGCGAUUAUUUGGCUCCCGCGCCCCAGUGUUCCCGCUUGCAACUGCAGCAGCAUACCACUUCUCCCUUGAUACCAACCACCGAUGUCCUCGUACUCUGACCUUCCGACUUCGCCCCAGUCGCCCGGAAGCAUGUCUUCCAGGCGACUGACAAACCGGAAUACCAACCGGUACAGCGUGACGGCCCUAUUCAGCAUGGCUGCCGAGCAGGACGUAGAAGUUGAAGAUGAGUUGGGUCGAGCGCAAAAGCGGUUGCGGGAGCUCAAGUCGCGCAUUUCGGCUCAGUCAAAGCGCAACUUUGUCCUCGAACGGGAUGUCCGCUUCCUCGAUACUCGGAUUGGACUGCUCAUUGCGAACCGGAUGGCUCUUGACGAGCAAAACGAGGUCGAGAAACAUCUCGAGGAAGUGGACGCGACUGAGGGUCACUACCCUGAUGAUCGCAAGUUGCAACAAUACUCCAACCUCUUCUUCCUCCUGCAGUCCGAGCCGCGCCACAUUGCCAACCUGUGUCGGCUGGUCAGCUUGACCGAGAUCGACACGCUGCUGCAGACGGUCAUGUUCACGCUCUAUGGAAACCAGUACGAGAGUCGAGAAGAGCACCUCCUGCUGACCAUGUUCCAGUCCGUCCUGUCGUCACAGUUCGAGACCGCGACGGAGUUCGGUUCCCUACUCCGCGCCAACACGCCCGUUUCGCGGAUGAUGACAACGUAUACUCGCCGAGGACCUGGACAGAGCUACCUCAAGAGCGUACUCGCUGAGCGUAUCAACAGCUUGAUCGAGCACAAGGACCUGAAUCUGGAGAUCAACCCCGUCAAGGUCUACGAGCAGAUGAUUGUGCAAAUUGAGGAGGAGACAGGCUCUCUUCCACCGAAUUUGCCCCGUGGUGUCCCGCCGGAAGUGGCGAGCGCGAACCCCGACGUGCAGGCCAUCAUCGCGCCACGUCUGACUAUGCUUAUGGAGAUAGCAAACAGCUUCCUGUUGACAAUCAUCGACAGUAUGGAGAGCGUGCCCUAUGGUAUCAGGUGGAUAUGCAAGCAGAUUAGGAGUCUCACAAGACGGAAGUACCCGGAAGCUACAGAUUAUGCGAUCUGCUCACUCAUUGGCGGGUUCUUCUUCCUGCGCUUCAUUAACCCCGCCAUCGUCACUCCCCAAGCUUACAUGCUGGUCGAGGGUGUCCCUGCCAAGUUCCCUAGGAGAACACUCACUCUGAUCGCCAAGAUGUUGCAAAACUUGGCGAAUAAGCCGUCUUACGCAAAGGAAGCGUACAUGAUCACACUCAACCCUUUCGUUGAGAACAACAAGGCGCGAAUCAAUCAGUUUUUGAAUAACCUGUGCGAAGUCGGCGACUUCUAUGACACUCUAGAGAUGGAUCAAUACAUGGCUCUGUCCAAGAAGGACCUUGUCAUCAAUAUCACAUUGAACGAGCUGUACAACACGCAUUCCUUGCUUCUUCAACACGUCGAAGUCUUGACUCCAAAUGAGAAGCAGCACCUCCGCAUUCUCACUGACGAGCUUGGCCCUGCACCGGCACAGGUUCCUCGUAAGGAGAAUCGGGCAAUCGAGCUUCAGCUCUACAGUCGCUGGGAGACGCCGAUCCAGGACAUCCAGAGUGCACUGAUGGACUCAGUCUCGACGACGGACAUGUUGUACAUGGAGACCAAGUCUAAUCUCGUCCAGCUCAUCCGUUCGCUUCCACCAACGGAGAAGAAGCCCUACAACCUCGCUGCAAUUGCAGAGCGCGCAGCGACAACGAAGGAUGCGACACUGGUGCGGAAAGGCAUCAAGGUUAAGGAGAUGUUGCGCGAGCUCGAGGAGUACAAGAUCAUCGAACGAUCCGACGGGUACAAGCUCAUGCAAGACGAAGUCGCUGCCGAGCUCGUGCACCUCGGGAACCUGCGUGACAAGGUUCUGGCCGAGACGAAGUCGUUGGAGGCAGUCUACAAGACGAUCUGCGACCACAACAACUACCUGCGAACGCAGUUGGAGCAGUACAAGGCUUAUUUGCAGAACGUACGUCUCACGGCGACCAAGGACAAGGGUGCAACGACGGGUGUGGGCGUCGUCACAGUCGGUGGCAAGGAGAAGAAGCCCGCGAAGCCGGUCGUCCACGGGCCGUAUCGUUUCACUCAUGCGCAGCUGGAGAAGGAAGGGAUCAUCGUCGAGAGUAACGUCCCAGACAACCGGCGACCCAAUAUCUACUUUAACUUCACUUCUCCUACGCCGGGGACAUUCAUCAUCGCUCUGCACUACAAGGGCCGUGAUAAGGCUAUCUUGGAGAUGGAUCUCAAUAUCGAUGAUCUCCUUGAGAAGCAAAAAGAUAAUAAACAUCUCCUCGACCUCGAGUACGUACAGCUCAACGUGCCCAAGGUGCUCGGUCUGCUCAACAAGAUCUUCACGAAACGAUGACCGCCUAAUCCCGGGCACACCAUCUUCGUUCGUCCACCCACUUUGGUUUAUUUAUCACGAUCCAUUAUGCAUGUGUAGUCCGUUCUGCGUUCCUCUACGCCCCGCGACACCACGCCCCGCCCGACUGUCCAUACUCGUCUCUAUCCUUGUUCCUCUCUAUUACUAUAUCCCUCUCCUCGCAAGAGCCGUCACUCUCUCUAGUCUCUCUGUUUCGAUAUCCCCUCUGUCUGGUCUUCGUCGUUCACACACAGCCCCUCAAAGCGUGGCUCUGUAUAUCCCCCGUCUUUUGCGAUCAGGAUGUAUUAUCGGUAUUCUCGUUGUAUGCACGUCUAUUUCGAGUAAUUGUUGUGGCAGGGCAGGUAAUAGAAGGGAAGAUGGUUCUGACAUUGUUA